AUGGUACUAUUGUUUUCCAUGUUGGCAGCAAAGAGGGAAAAAAAGAAGGUUCAAUGAAUAGAUAAGUCAAAGAAAAAAGGAAAUAUUUGCUUUUUAGCUUCUAAUAUUUCAUAUUUAAUUGACUGUGGUUUUCUAUUCAACUCAAGUCUCUCUCUCUUUAUGGUUCUGUAUGGAAAGAUGAAAGGCUUUGCUUAGCACCAAAAGAGCUAACAUAUGAGUUAUUUCUUAUGAUUAUUGGCUCUAUCAUCUCACAAAAUUUAGUAGAUUGUGAAAAAAGAUUGAUGGGAAAGAAGAAAGUUGUGAAGAAAACAAAGGAGUUAUCAGUAGCAAUAGCAGAAUCAUCAGCAAUGAGUGGAGAUUCCCAACAACAACAAAUUACUCCUAGGAAAAGAGGAAGGCCAAGGAAGAUUAUUGUAAAAGAUGAAGAAGAGGUUUCUGCUGAAUUAAAGAAACUCAAAACAAGUGAAGUUGAAGAAUCACAAGGAGAAAAGAAGAAACAAGAAGAAGAAUUUGAAGAGGAAAAAAAUUUACAACCACAACAGCAGCAACCUACAAGGAGCAGAGCUAGAAGAAAAAGCAAACCAACAAAGAGCUGCUAAAUUAUUAUUUUUUCCACUCACUUCCGAAGUAAUCAAUAGUUCUCACCUAUCCUCCGAUCGAACCCUAAAUCUAUCGAUCGAUGAUGAAGGUGGUAAACCACUUAAGCUGCUGAAAAUCAGUUUCAAGAAUUCCACUUUUUUCUUUUAGGUAAUUUCUGAAACAAAGUAUGAAAGAUGAACAAGUUGAUGCCAUCUACUGUUUUUUUGUUCUUUUCCUAGCUUAA